AUGUCAAACGAAAUGUUGAGAGAAAUGGAAAUCAGCACUUCAGGCCAUGAUGAUGACAUACCAAUCGACAGUGACCUACCAAUCAACGGGGUAUGCCCUUCGACAACAGCUGAUUACCUACCAAUCGACGGUGGUUGCCCUUCGACAAAAUCUGAAGACCUACGAAUCGACGGUGGUUGCCCUUCCACAAAAUCGGAAAGCCUACCAAUCGACUGUGGAUGCCCUUCAACAAAAUCUGAAGAGCUACCAAUCGACGGGGGAUGCCCUUCGACAACAGCUGAUUACCUACCAAUCGACCGUGGUUGCCAUUCGACAAAAGCUAAUGACCUACCAAUCGACGGUGGUUGCCCUUCGACAAAAUCUGAAGAGUUACCAAUCGACGGUUGUUUCCCUUGGACAAAAGCUAAUGAGCUACCAAUCGACGGUGGAUGCCCUUCGACAAAAACCGAAGACCUACCAAUCGACGGUGGUUUCUAUUCGACAAAAUCAGAAGACCAACCAAUCGACGGUGGAUGCCUUUGGACAAAAUAUGACGAGCUACCAAUCGACGGUGGAUGCCCUUCGACAAAAGCUAAUGACCUACCAAUCGACAGUGUUUGCCCUUCGGCAAAAUCUGAAGAGCUACCAAUCGACGGUGGAUACACUUCGACAAAAUCUGAAGAGAUAUCAAACGACGGGGGAUGCCCUUCGACAACAGCUGAUUACCUACCAAUCGACGGUGUUUGCCCUUCGACAAAAGCUAAUGACCUACCAAUCGACGGUGGUGGCCCUUCGACAAAAGCUAAUGACCUACCAAUCGACGGUGUUUGCCCUUCGACAAAAUCUGAAGAGCUACCAAUCGACGGUGGUUGCCCUUCGACAAAAUCUGAAGACCUACCAAUCGAGUGUGGUUGCCCUUCGACAAAAUCUGAAGACCUACCAAUCGACGGUGGAUGCCCUUUUCAUAAAGCAAUAGAUUGA